GCACUUCAUUGACCAAUAGUCAAUGCCAAUUUUGUUACGUACGACUACUCGUCAAAACCGAGUAGCGCCAGUCAAUGAAACAAAUUGAGGCAUAUAUUGCGGAAGAAAACGCACAGUAGAACUAAAAGUCCUAAUGGCGGAGUGGAACGCUUUCUACCACAACGAAGAUGAAGAUGAAGAGCAGGAAGAGGGAGAACAGACUUCAGGAGAUUACAAAGUCACAGGAAGAGACAGUUUGGUGUUUCUGGUUGAUGCUUCAAAAGAAAUGUUUAUCAAAGGAGAGGAUGGAGAGCUGUCCAACUUUGACAUGACCAUGCAGGUUGUGCGCAGUGUUUACACCACUAAGAUCAUCAGCAGUUACAGAGAUCUGAUAGCUCUGGUCUUUUACGGUACAGAGCAGAGCAAAAACCCCAGGAACUCAUUCAAGCAUGUUUACGUUUACCAUGACCUUGAUGAACCAGGUGCGACACGAGUGCGGGACUUGGACGCUCUGCUGGGGGAUAAAGGAGAAAAAUUAGCAGCUGAGACCAUGGGUAGUGGAGAGACAUCACUUGGCGAUGCCCUGUGGUGCUGCGCCAACCUGUACAGUGACAUCAAGUACCGACUUUCUCACAAGAGACUCAUGAUCUUCACCUGCAGGGAUGAUCCACAUGGAGGCAACAGCACAAAGGACCGUCAGGCUCACACUAAAGCGCGUGACCUCAAGGAGACUGGAGUUAUGAUCGAUUUGAUGCAUCUAAUGAAACCAGGUGGCUUUGACGUCUCACUCUACUUCCGUGACAUUGUCAGUCCAGCUGAGGAUGAGAGUGAGUUGGGUUUACAGCUGAAGCCCUGUGACAAACUGGACGACCUUAGGAAGAGGGUUCUGGCCAAGGAGCAGAAGAAGAGAUCCUUAGCACGGAUAAAGCUGAUUCUGGAUGAGGGAAUAAACAUGGCUGUGGGACUUUAUGCAACUGCAGUGACAGCACGAAAACCUGGCGCCGUCAAACUUUACAGAGAAACCAACGAGCAAGUCCGUAGCAAAACCCGCACUUUCCAAACCCAGACAGGAAGUCUGCUUCUGCCCAGUGAGAUAAAAAAAGCCCAGGUUUAUGGUAAAAAAAAGAUAGUGAUGGAGAGAGAUGAGGUGGACGCAAUCAAGAAGUUUGACGACCCUGGAUUGUAUCUUAUUGGAUUCAAACCUAUGGAGAAGCUGAAGUUGCACCAUCACAUCCGACCUGCAAUCUUUCUUUAUCCUGAAGACGAUCAAGUUAAAGGCAGUGCCUGUCUGUUCUCCGCUCUGCUGAAGAAGUGUAGUGAGAAGAACGUCUUUGCUGUGUGUCGCUGUACACCUCGCCGAAACAUACCACCACGGUUUGUUGCCUUGGUCCCUCAGAAAGAAGAGGUGGAUGAUGGGAAAGUACAGACUAAACCGCCAGGUUUUAAUGUCAUCUUCCUGCCAUAUGCUGAUGACAUACGGAAUCUAGAUAUUCCACACUGUCCCAUUGCCUCACCAAUUCAGGUGAACAAGAUGAAGGAGAUUGUCUCCAAACUCCGCUUCAAAUACAGGAGUGAUGCGUUUGAGAACCCAGUUAUCCAGCAACAUUACAGGAACCUGGAGGCCUUAGCUCUGGACAUGGUGGCUCCAGAAGAAACUGAUGAUCUCAUCAUGCCAAAGGUGGAGCAGAUGGACAUCCGUUUGGGUCCUCUGAUAGACGAGUUUAAAAACAUGGUUUAUCCUUUCAACUACAACCCUGACGUCAAACCAGCUGCCAAACGAAAAACUGCAGAUGAUGGAGGUGGAUCUGAGAAAAAGCCAAAAGUGGAGGUGUCAGAGGAGGAGCUAAAGAACCACAUGAAGAACGGUACCAUUGGAAAACUGACCGUGCCGCUACUGAAAGACGCCUGCAAGCAGUUUGGGAUUCGCGUCGCCGGGUCCAAGAAGCAAGAACUUAUUGACGCUCUUGUUGCUCAUCUGGGUUCAUGAUGAAGAUCUGCAGCCACUCAACUGUUAACGGAUUUUAAAUUUCCUGUUGUUGCCUUCCCAGGUUGACCUGCCCACAAAGAAGUUUCCUGUUUCCCUUGAUAAGCUUAAGCCAAGACUGGUUUAGUUUUUUCCCCCAAUGUCUGCACUUGAAGAUUUGUUGCAUAAUAAAAAGAAAAUAGAGUUUGAAUGUAA